AUGGAUAGCGAGCAGAGAUACGACCAACAUUUUGACAAGGUAUGGGAAGAAAGCUUUUUCACGUGUAUCGAUAAUAAAAUCAUCUGUCUUCUCUGUGGGUAUAAACCCAGUAUUGUUAAAAAAUAUGUCCUGCUUAGGCAUUAUAAGAUUAAGCAUUCGCACGAGUACUCGAAGUAUGUGGACGAGGAGAAAUUUAAUUUAAUCGAAGGAUUAAAAUUGAUUUAUCAAGAAGGUUGUAGUUCGAAUAUCGAAAAUGUUACACCUUCAGUUAAAGCUCUUAAAGCCUCUUAUGCGAUUUCAAAUUUAAUCGCAAAAAAUUCCAAGCCGUUCUGCGAGGGAAAAUUUAUAAAGGAAUGCCUCAUCACAGCAGUAGAGUCAUUUGGAAAUUCAUUGACUCUUGAAGAAGCUGCUAGCAUUCCUUUAAGUGACAAAACAGUACAAUCCCGAAUAAGUGAUAUUGCUUCAUCUUUAGAAAAUAAACUAAAAUCUCUCUUAACAUCUUGUUCCUUUUUUUCAUUGUGCCUAGACGAAAGCACCGAUAAUCGACAUGUAAGUCAAUUGAGCAUUUUUGUUCGAAUCGUGCAAAACGAUUUUUCACAUGUCGAGGAGCUAUUAGAUUUCGUUCCAUUGCAUUCAAGAACAACAGGCUUAGAUAUUUUCAAAGCCGUUGAUCAAACUUUAAAAAAGUUUGAUACUAAUUUUGUAAAAUGUUCAGCUAUCGUUACCGAUGGCGCAAAAGCAAUGAUUGGCGCAAAGAAUGGAUUAUUCGGUCAAAUAAAGCAGCGAGGUUUAAAGUUCCCUGUCAUUCAUUGCGUAAUUCAUCAAGAAGCGUUAUGUGGGAAAGUUGUGAAACUAUCCACGGCAAUGCAAACCGUGACAAAAAUUAUCAAUACUAUCAAAGGUGGUCAAAAAUUUCUUAGUCAUAGAAAGUUUCAGCAAUUUCUCUAG